UGGAGAUAUGGUAUGGUCUACCAACACGGGAGGAAAAUCCGUCACAGGCUUAAGAUUCACUGAAGUCGGAAACCUUGUGCUUUUUGAUCGAAACAAGGCGACGGUUUGGCAGUCUUUUGAUCACCCCACCAACUGCUUACUUCUCGGGCAAAAGUUGGUGACCGGGCAAAAGCUGAUAGCCAGCACAUCAGCCUCAGACUUCAGCCGAGGCUUGUUUUCUCUUUCUAUUGAUGGUUUUUUGGUCGGCUACUUGGAAGUUAAUCCACCGUUGGUCUAUUAUAAAUCCCUUUUAGCAGGAUAUGAAAAUUUCACUAGUUUGAGGGAAGCGUAUGUUGUUUUUGAGAACGGAAGCUUCAAUGGUCAAAAUGUCCCUCUUGGGUCAACAGCUCAGUUCAUGAGGCUGGAACCCGACGGGCAUUUGAAGGUUUACGAAUGGGGAAGAUUCGAAUUGAUCAGGUCCGUGGCGGAUUUGCUCACGUCAAGUAUCGGUCACUGCGGGCAUCCAAUGGCCUGUGGCAGAUAUGGCAUAUGUUCUUCCAACGGGCAGUGCAGUUGUUUUGAGAGAUCCAGCAAUGUAACAGGGAAAUUCAAGCAAAUAAGUUAUAAGCAACCCAACCUCGGAUGCUCCCUUGUUACACCCAUUUCUUGCAAUUAUUCUCAGUAUCAUAGUCUUUUGGAGCUUAAGAAUAUUGGUUACUUUAACUUAAGGUACAACGAUAAUCAGUUGGAUGAGAAAACAGGAUUGGAGGAUUGCAAGAGCGCUUGUUUGAGAAAUUGUUCGUGCAAAGCCGCUUUAUUCUAUUAUGCCCCAUGGAGAGGUUGCUUGUUACUGUUUGAAGUUUUUUCUCUUAUAAACAAUGAGCGAAGAUCCAACAGCAGCUCUGUAUUUCUUAAAAUACAGAAUUCUCCAACCAAACAGUCAUUGCCGCCAAUAGAUUUUCCUCAAAAGAAAUCAAGGAGUGGCACAAUCAUCCUGGGAUCUAGUCUUGGGGCUUUGUUUGGUGUAUGUCUUUUGGUUGGAUCUUACAUUUUCGUUUUCAAAAUGAAAAGAGAACCAGAGGAACUUGAUGAUGAGUUUUCUAUCGUAAAAGUACCCGGGAUGCCUACACGAUUCUCAUACUAUGAUUUGAAAACUGCGACCGAUGAUUUCAACAAAAAGCUUGGAGAAGGAGGAUUCGGCUCAGUCUUUCAAGGGACUUUAACUGAUGGCACCAAUGUAGCAGUGAAGCGUCUCAAUGGUGUAAGUCAGAUCAAGAAGUCAUUCUUGGCUGAAGUUCAAACAAUAGGCAGCAUCCACCAUGUCAAUUUGGUAAGAUUGAUCGGAUUUUGUACUGAAAACUCUAAUAGGCUUCUAGUCUACGAGUACAUGUCCAACGGGUCCUUGGAUAGAUGGAUAUUCAAAAGACAUCAAGAGUUCACUCUUGGGUGGGAAUCCAAAAAGAAAAUCAUCGCUGAUAUAGCCAAGGGACUAGCUUAUCUCCAUGAUGAAUGUCGACAGAAAAUAUACCACUUGGAUAUCAAACCCCAAAACAUCCUCCUGGACGACAACUUUGUCACAAAAGUUUCCGAUUUUGGAUUGGCAAAACUAAUUGACAAAGACCAAAGCCGAGUUGUAGCGACAUUGGGGGAAACCCCAGGCUACAUGGCUCCUGAAUGGUUGAGCUCAUUUAUCACAGAGAAAGUAGAUGUCUAUAGCUUUGGGGUCGUGGUCUUAGAGAUCUUGAGCGGACGGAGAAAUUUGGAUAUGUCUCAGCCUGAGGAAGAGAUGCAUUUAUUAGGUUUAUUCGAAAGGAAAGGAGAAGAGGGGCAACUUUUGGAUAUGGUCGAUAAAUACAAUGCUGAUAUGCAAUUACAUGGAGCAGAAGUGGUGGAGAUGAUGAAGCUUGCUGUGUGGUGUCUACAAAGUGAUUACCGGAGGCGACCUUCAAUGACAGUGGUGGUUCAGGUCUUGGAGGGCUUGGUUAGUGUCCAAGACAAUUUGGACUAUAACUUCAUAAAUGCUCCAGCAAGAAGAACAAUGGCAACUACUGGUGAAGACAUGGAUGCUGUUGAUGAUGGCACUCCGUUACUAGCAUCAGUUCUAUCAGGACCAAGGUGAAGGCAAGUUUCUAGAAAAUUGUUAAAAUUUCAUUCGAGUGUAAAGGAAGUUGGCAAAGUAAUUGGUCCUAUCAGAAGUUUCUUCUAAGUUGUAAUUUCUUGUUACGAACAUGUUAUCCACUUGUUUUUAUGCUCAGUUGUUUCCUAUUUUUUUGGUGAACAAUUUCAAACAAUACUUGGACUUGGCCGUUACAUGAUUCAUAUAUUUGUAAACCCAUGAUACAUUCGGUGUUCUUACUGCCUGCUUUAAAAUGUAGCAAACAAAAUGAAGAGAAUGAGAAAAGGCACCUUAAGUUUCUUGUAGAAGAGACCACCAAGGACGUGUACUUUCUUAUC